AUGGAUUCAAGUGUUGGAUUGGAUGCUGCUGAUGACCCAACCAGAAACCAUGCAAAUCUGCCAUCUCUACAUAAACAUCCUUUUGAACCUGUUAUUUCUGGACUGCGUCUUAUUCCAGACUUUAUCACCCAACAAGAAGAGCUGGACCUAAUCGCAUCCAUUGAUGCACAUCCAUGGAGUGGAUAUGGCAUUCCACCUAAUCCAGAACUUAAACGUCAUACUCAACAGUAUGGAUUUUUAUUUUCAUUUCGCACUCGUACUAUUACAGAAUGUCUUGGUUCUUUGCCAGCAUUCAGUUCAUUUGUAAUCGAUCGAAUGCUGUUACCUGAAUUCAACGUAUUUCCAAACGAUCCUCCAAACCAUGUGCUGGUGAACGAGUAUCAACCUGGCCAAGGAAUCAUGCCGCAUGUGGACAGUCAAGACACCUUUGGUGAUGUGGUCACUUCAUUGUCGUUAUGGAGUUCCUGUGUCAUGUCUUUUGGAAACAAGAUGACUGGUGAAAAAGUGCAUCUUGAACUGCCUCGUCGAUCGCUUUUGAUAUUAACAGGCGAUGCUAGAACUCAUUAUACCCAUGCUAUUCCAAAAGAAGAUAUGCUGUUUGCUGGUAACGAAUGUGUGGAUCGUGGACGACGAGUGUCACUGACUAUUCGAUCUAUAUUGAAAUCUGCAAUCCCUUGAUUCGUGCUACGUUAAAGCAGCUAACAACCAUAUUAGAUGUACAUGGUUCAAUGGACCAUCAAACAAUUCGACUGCAAAUUGUGGUGGAAUAUCGUCGGUUUUGCCGAGUAACAUGUAUGAAAUAAAAUACAAGGAAUAAAUCCAAGUCCUGUAUUUAUGUGGAUUACCA